AUGGAUCCUGCGACAUGGCUCUCCUUCAUGCAAUCACUGGAGAAGAUCUUCGCCGACAUCAUUGCCGAUAGCACCAACAAACACGAGUUACCGUCUCUACUUCAGCCCCAGAUUUUGACUUGGGUAUCGCAAGUAUCAAAGUUCGGGCCCACCUUAACGAAGCUCGAAGAAGUAUCCGACAGUUCAUUCGCAGUACGUCAAAUGUUAUCUUAUGGUACCGAACCACAAAGGAAACAGAACCUGGCCAUGCUUUCACAUCUCCAAAAAGCGGAAGGGAAUUCAGCCGAGAGAAUUAUGCAAAACAUUGUCAUAUGGGUACGCGGUCGAAUGUCGGAUAUGCGCGAGGUCAUUGAGUAUUUAUCUAAACUACUGGACGCACCAUAUGAGGCUAUAGAAGCUUGCAACGAGAUUUGGGAUGCGAGAUGUGGAUUUCUGGACAUACCUGGUCUUCCUACUCACGAGCAAGCUGUUCUUUCUCGGAUCGUCUCGAGAGAUGUUGUCUACUACGACGGCGCGUCCAAACAGUACAAGAUCAUGACGCAACCAGACUCAUUGACGCCAAAGAAGAAGAAACCCCUUCAAACAAUUGCCAAGCGAAGAUACGACAUCCCACUAGCUGUGGCUGAGGUCAUGGUUGCUGGUUGGAUCCAAGACGACGACGUAGCAGCAGAGACGAAAACGAUCAUCGAACGCCUCGCUCAGCUACUCAAGUUGAAAGUAUACAAGCAGACCAUCCCUCAAGUCACGCUCUCUAAAGCAACAGAAUUCUGGGAUAGCAUCGAAGCAGAGAUCAUGCAAGAAGCCGAACGCCUCGAAGGGCUAAAGCGAACACUGAAAGCGAAAGACCCCUUGCAGACAGCCUUGCUGAUCGAGGAGUACAAUAUACCCGAUAGCAAUCUGCUGGAAGAUGAAAUACAAGAACUACCUUCCGGCAUCAUCGAUCUAGUUGAACUAAUCGAUGAUGACGAGAUUGAGAUGAGCUUCACACUCGCUUCCUACACUGAGCUACAACGAAGCGCAAUGGGCGUACCGAGCACAGCGAACAACCUUCUCUUACGGCUAACCAUCGAUCGGUACGCCCUCCCCCUCGACGUCCGCAUCCCCGAAAUCCGCACCGACAUCUUCGCCGUCGACAUGCUUCUCAGCUCUGUCUACAGCGCCGCCAUGGCCAACAAAGCCGAGCUCCUCCCUAACUGUCCCAUCCACCCCAUCAGCACCGUCAAAACCAUACUCGAUAGUCUCCCCAAACUGUCCGUCAUCCGCGACGCAGUCCACAUCUCCACUGUCCUAUCCAGAUACCACGCCGACGCUGAGAAGCUCAUCUCAUGGGCAUGUACGCACUAUAGAGGCUAUAUAGCUACAGCGAACGGUCUAUGUAGGAUCAAGAAUCUGCCUAUGGGGACGCAUCAUUUUGUCCUGGCGAAUGCGAGUCCGGCACUGGAAACGGCAUAUAUGGCAAAAUUUCCGAGGCCUUCUACGCAGACUACAGUACUAUUUCACGGUACAUCACUCGACCGCCUCCCAGCAAUCCUCGCUAAAGGCCUUAUCGUUUGCUCGGGUACGACUCUCCAACGCACGGGGGCUGUGUAUGGGAGAGGUAUUUAUAUGGCGGAAGAUCCUGCGACGUCGUUUAGUUAUGCGCCUGUCUACUCGACGUGGAAGAACAGUGCGCUGGCUAAUAUGCGUGUUAUCCUUGGGUGCGAGGUCGUUGGGCAGGGUAACAGCGUUACCACCGGUGUUCAUGUUAUUACCGAUGAGGCGAGUGUGAUGGUGCGAUAUAUCUUUCUAUUCCGACAGAACGCUCAUGCGCCUGUUGCGAAUCAUGUUGUUACGGCUAUGAAGAGUGCGAUGGCGGCGAUGAGGACGGGUGUCGUGUAG